CUGGUGACGGUUGCCAAGGCAGCACAUGCCGGCGUCGGGAAGGGCGGAGGAAGUGCCCGCGGCCCUUAAGACAGACCCCGAAGCGCAGCCGCGGUAAGUGGAGGAAGGCUGAGUAGAGCGGGAGUCAAGCGAGGAUCGAACCGGAGCGGAUCAGGAAAAAGAACCGGGGGCUGAGCGGGGAAACUGAACCGGGAGCCGAGCGGAGCGGGAAACCGAACUAGGAACCAAGAGUGGAGCCGAGAGCGGGGAACCGAACCGGGAGCCGAGCGAGGACCGAGCCAGGGACAGAGCGGGAAACCAAACAAGGGGCCAAGUGGGGACCGGAACCGUGGCGAGAGUGAGGAACCGAAUCGGAAGCCUAGAGUGGAGCCGGGAGAGGGGGAUCGAACUGGGGGCCGAGCAGCGAGAAGCCAAGACUGGGAAACCAAACCAUAGACCCUGCGAAUGGCCUCUCCUUGGGGCCGGGCUGUUCCCACCCCUCCCUGGGCAGACUCGUGUUUUCCGCGCGAGGAGGGUUCGUGAGGCAGAGGAACGACCCAGCGACCUGCGUGGGCAUGACUAGAAAGCAGGUCUUCUGCAGCUGCCACUCAGCACGUGGCUGCUGCCCUGACUUGACCCUCAUUCUGGCUUGUAAAAACAUACAGGAUGGGGAGGUGGGAUGGGCUGCGUGGGUGAGCUAGAAAGUGGCAGGCUGGUGAGAAGUGAUGGGUGCUCAAGGCCCCAUCCACCGUCCUGCGCACAGCUUUUCUCUUCCUUGGUCUUUUGAGUAGGGUUUCACUCUGUAGCCUGGGAUGGCCUUAAAACUCACUAGAAGACCCAUGCUGGUCCCAAAUUGGUAAUCAUACUCACAUUUGAAGCAGGACGGGACUGCAUACCAACAUCUUGUCUUAAAGAGAAAACAAAAGUUGUAAGCAAUUAGGGUUAUCUGUGGUUUUAAGGUAGUUUGUUGGUUACAAAGUAUAGUUGUCUAAAAAAAAGGCCAAAUUCUUUCAUGUUUUUUUUAUAAAUAUUCAUUAAGCACCUACUGUGUCCUGUUGUAGCAUGGCCAUGAACAAAGUGGAUGAAAAUAAUGAUCCUGGUAGGCGUGUUGGUACAUAGCCAGCAUUUGAGAGACCAACACAGGAGCAUUGCCAAGAGUUUGAGGCAAGCCUGGUCUACACAGCAAGUGCCAGGUCAUCCGGCCAGCCCUUGCAGGACCCUGUCUCAAACAGCUAAAAAUAAAGUUAAAGUGUGUGUCCUCUGGUAGUGUACGUACUAGUGGGAGGAAGCACAGUUGGUAUGUAACGUGUGCUACAGGUCAGGAGCAAAGGUGAAUGACCUGGGCAGGGAGAUGGUGUUCUGUGAGUACAAGCAAGGGUUGGGACAGUUCAUACUCACUAGCAAGUUGACUGGAUUUAGAGCCAUCUAGGAAACACUCCUCUGUGUGUGUGCACGAGUGCAUGAGGGUGUCUCCAGAGAGGUUUAGCUGAGAAAAGAAGACCCGCCAUCCCACGGAGCCCCAGACUGAAAGCAGGAGUGGAGCCUUCAUCUGUCCGUGCUUCCCCACAGUGGACCCCCUGCAGCCGUCCACUUGUGGGUGCUGUCCUUCCCCAACAUGGUGAGCUGUAUCCUCCAAGACUGUGAGCCAACUAAGUCACCUUGAGUUGCUUUGGUCACACGUUUGCCCACAGCAAUGGGAAAGCGCUCUGUAGCCCAGGCUGGCCUUUAAUGCCUGGUUCUCCUGUUGAGAUCCAAAGUCUGGGACUGUUCGUAUGUGCCACUCACCCAGCUCUAGCCCCCAACUGUGAAGAAGAAAUGAUGGCUGGAGCCUAUGUCCAGAGACUGGGAUCUAGCUGGUCUGGAGUUGAGCUCAGACAUCCUCAGCUUUGACAGCUCCCGGGAGAUGCUAAUGUGCAGCCAGAGUUGAAAGCUGCUGACAGAAGGGCUACUCCUGCUGCCACCUGCAGUCAGGGAGUCUGCUCUGCCCCGCUUUAGGGCAAGAUGGCGGCUGAUGAGAGCUCGGCAGAUACUCUGCGACUCCAGUUCAAGGCCAUGCAGGAGCUACAGCACCGAAGGUUACAGAAGCAGAUGGAGAAAAAGAGGGAGAAAGAGCUGAGCUGUCAAAGCAAAGCUGACAACCAGGAAGGGUUCAUGGUGAUCCCGGAUGGCCUCAGCCUCCUCGACACAGAGGAGCAGAACCUAAAAAACAUAUUUGAGAAGAGGGUGUUGGAAGAUGAAAUCCAGCAUCUUCGCAGUGAGCUCCGGGAGACAGUCGAUGAGAAUGGGCGACUAUAUAAGCUGCUGAAGGAGAGGGACUUUGAGAUCAAACACCUCAAGAAGAAAAUAGAAGAGGACAGAUUCGCCUUCACAGGGGCGUCUGGGAUGGCUGGAGAUCUAGUUGCCACCAAAAUUGUUGAACUGUCCAAAAAGAACCGGGGGCUGAUGGCCGAGUCAGAGAGCGCAAAGGUCAGGAUAAAGCAGCUGACCAAUCGCAUCCAGGAGCUGGAACACCAACUGCAGAUGGCGUCAGCCAAGCCACCAUCCAAGGGGGCCACUGAUGCAGGGGCUAAGCCACUGAAGACCCAGACGGGAGACAGAGCUUUGCUGGAGACCCCAGAGGUGAAAGCUCUGCAGGACAGGCUGGCAGCCACCAACCUGAAGAUGAGUGACCUGCGCAACCAGAUCCAGUCUGCAAAGCAGGAGCUCCGUGUGGCCCAGAAGGUUCUGGCCAAUGAAGUUGGGGAAGAUGUAAACAUCCAGCAGCUGCUGGCCUCACCUGGGACCUGGCGGGGAAGGGCUCAACAAAUUCUAGUGCUGCAGAGCAGGGUCCGAGAUCUUGAGAAGCAACUGGGACAGCGUCAGAACAAGCCUGCAGGUUCAUCGAGCUCUGAGGUGCCUCUCAGUUCAGACUCAAGGAAGAUGACAGCACAGGAGAAAAACCUACUGAGGAUCCGCAGCCUGGAGAGGGACAAGCAGGAGAGCUGGGAGAAACUGGCCAGCGAGCGGGACACCCUCCAGACAGAGCUGGAGGAGCUGAGAAAGAAGUUCGAGGGCAUGAGGUCUCGCAACAAGGUGCUGUCCAGCGAGGUGAAGACCCUCAGGAGCCAGAUGACAACCCUGGUGGAGAAGGGCAGGCAUGACGAUGAGCUGAUUGAUGCCCUUAUGGACCAGCUAAAGCAGCUGCAGGACAUUCUGAGCAGCCUGAGUGUGCAGGAGGAAUCGAGACGCACAUCACAGCAGCACCUGGACCAGAAGGUCAACAGUGAGGCCCAACGAAGCAGCAGCCUUGUGGCCCAGCUGCGGGCCAUGGUGGCUGAUCGUGAAGCCAAGGUGCGGCAGCUGGAGCUGGAGAUUGGGCAACUCAGUGUCCAGUAUCUUCACGGUAAAGGAGGGGGUGAGGGGGCCAGCCCCGCCGAUGCCAGGUUCCCUGAGGACCAGACCCCGAUAACCAACUCUCCAGCCUCAGCAGGCGAUCAUGUUGGCAGGCUUGGAUCUUCCCGCUCUGUGACCAGCCUGGGCCAUACACUUGUGGAAUCUGCUCUCACGAGGCCUUCCCUGCCUAGUCCCCAUGGGACAUCGCCCAGGUUCUCGGACUCCCCAGAACAAAAAGGCUGGCAGGCACAAGCUGCAGAAAUGAAGGCCCUCUGGCAGGCUGCUGAGGUGGAGCGGGACCGGCUCAAUGAGUUUGUCACUGUGCUGCAAAAGCGGGUGGAGGAGAGCAGCAGCAAGCUGCUAGAAGCUGAGCGGAGACUGCAGGAAGAGCGCCAGCGAGCUGUGCUGUUGGAACAGCACCUGGAGAAGAUGCGCCUAGAGCCAUCCAGGGCCUCGGUGUCCCAGAAAACUAAGAACAAGCCAGGGCCUCCUGCUGCCAACACCAAGCCUAACUCAGCUGGAAGUGCCAAGAAAGACUCAUCCUCCACACAGCUCUGCGAUAUGCCCAUGGAGUCCCAGAUACAGGAGCUGAAUGCCAGGCUGGCCAUCCAGAUGGAAGAGAACGGAAUACUGAGGGACGCCCUGGGCAGUGCCCUGAGAGGGAAGGAGGAGGACUUCCGCAUGUACCACCAGACCCUGGGCCAGGUGAAAGGGGUCUUCCUGCAGGCACUACGGCAGCAGAAAGCCAACAAGCAGUAGAACACAGCUGUUAGCUCAACUCCUGGAGGACCAACACUUCAGGUUCAGGCAGCGCUCACUCGGCUCCUCCUAGAAGCGGUUUGGUGUCGUAGCAGAGCAGGCAAGCUGAGGAUACCUGAGCAGGGGCGGAGCCAGCCAGGGGCGGAGCCAGCCAGGGGCGGAGCCAGCCAUUCCUGCCUGGUGGCUGGUGCGUUUCCCUGAGCAGGUGCUGUUGUCCUUCCUUGCCCUAGGGCCUCUCUGGGGCCCUGGGAUGCUACUACGGGCUCUCCACACAUAGAUGAGCCCCUCGGUGCUUCCUGAUGGCUCAUCCACCUGGAGCCAUCUAGCCCUCCCCUGUAGCCCCUCACUCGGCCCUAGCACCCACUGGCCAUCCUGCUGUGCCCAGCCUCUCUGUGUACUUACUGCACAGGGCAGAGCCCUGAGCUUGAAAUAACAAGUCUACUUUCACAGUCACGA